AUGGAGGCUGCAGCUCGAGAGGGACGCAUAGCUAGUCUUUACAGAAUGAUUGAGGUGAAUCCACGUGUUUUAGAAGAUAUAGAUUCAAUACCAUUUGUUGAAACUCCCUUGCAUGUUGCUGCACGUUUAGGGCAUGUUGAGUUUGGCAUCGAGAUCAUGACAUUAAAACCUUCAUUUGCUUGGAAACUCAAUCCCCAAGGACUCAGACCCAUCCACCUUGCUCUACAGCGUGACCACACCACAAUGGUCCUUCGUCUCAUAGACAUGGACAAAGAACUGGUUCGAGCCAAAAUGAGAGAAGGUCUCACUCUUCUGCAUAUGGCAAGUCAAUCCGGAGAAAUAGACCUUUUAACUAAGUUUCUCAAAGCUUGUCCAGAUUCCGUUAAAGAUUUGACUGUUCGAAGUGAGACUGCACUGCAUUCUGCCGUCAGAAAUAACCAAAUGGAGGCUCUUAAGUUCUUAAUUAGAUGGCUUCAGACAAAUACUGUUGAGAUGGAACCCAUCCUGAACCAGAAAGACGAGGAGGGCAACACCAUUUUACACAUUGCAGCAUCCAACAAUGACACGGAGGCAAUGAAAUUGUUGAUGAAGGUUAGGAGGAUGGAUGUAGAUGCCAAGAACUUGCAGGGCCAAAGAGCAUUAGACAUAACAGACAAUGCAGAAAUGAAGAAGAAACUGGGGAGGGCUGAAGAAAGUGCUAGGAAGAUUAAGACACUACGUUCGUUAAUCUUAUCAAUGAAUGAGGGGCUAAUUCGAAAAACUGGUAUGAGACAGAACAUGUCGAAGGAGAUGCGCAGCGCGUACUUGGUGGUGGCUACUCUUGUUGCAACCGCCACUUAUCAUGCAGCACUGAGUCCACCUGGUGGACUUCAUCAGAUUGAUGCAGCUGGGACUAAUAACACUCUCAUUCACGGUCAUGUGGCAUCAAAUUCAUCAAAAAUUUAUGAAGGGAAAUCAGUGAUGUCAAACGAGAACUUCGUGGCGUUUUCAACCAUGAAUAUGUGUGCCUUUGUUCUAUCCACUCUCACUAUUAUCGGUCUUUUGCCUAAGAAUGUUGCAUGGCUUCUACUGUAUGCGUCAACAUGGCUCCUUAUAAUCAAUUUCUACUUCUCUAUGACGGUCACAUCUCCCACUGAUCUCACCACAAACCUCGUGGCCUGCAUUUUCUGUGUCUUUGUUCUAUUCUUCGCGGUGGUGCCUAUUCCUUUUUUUGUCACAGGCAAUGAAAUUGUUGAUGAAGGUUACCAUGGAGGUAGAUCCUAA